AUGAAGCCACGCAAAACUUGCUCUUCCUUUGCGCUAGGCGCAAACGCGCGUACGCACCAAAGGCCAUGGUGCGGGGUGAAUCUGGGUGGCUGGCUUUUGCUCGAGCCUGGUCCAUCGGCGCCUCUCUUUCCAGGCGAGCCGCAGCUCCGCUGCGAAUGGUCACUGAUGGAGUCUUUGAGGAGUCGUCAGGCCUUGCACGUCCUUCAUCGUCACAGAGAAACAUUCAUCCGCAAAGAGGACUUUCGGGCGAUCCGCGACAUGGGGCUCAACUCCGUGAGGGUGCCCUUUGGCUACUGGAUCGUCCUCGGCCCCGAACCUGGAGAACCGUUUGUGGGGCCAGCUCUCGAUAUUCUGGACCGUGCUGUCGAGUGGGCUGAGGAGUGCAACCUUGAGGUGCUGCUCGAUCUGCACGGCUGCCCCGGUGGAGAAAGUCCGGACGCUCCAUGUGGCCGGCGGCAGCGGCCAGAGUCGAAGUGGGCAUGGCAACAGUGGCGAAGGGCGGAGACGCUGAAAGCUCUCGAGGUUGUUUCCAAGCGAUACAGCGGCAGGAAAUGUGUGACAGGCAUUGCCGUGUGCAACGAGCCAUCACGUCUGAUUCCCGCAGACAUCCUCGCUAACUUCUACGACGAGGCAGUUGACGUCAUUCGCAAGGCUGGCAUGACAGACAGGGUCACGGUGGUGCUUCCGGUCUUCCAGCGGUGUCUCAGAACGUUUGAAGCGGUGUGGCGUCAGGUUUCAAAAGGACGACACAGCAACACCUGCUUCGAUGUUCACUACUACCACUGCUUCGAAGACGCAUGGAAUCGCAUGACCCUUGCAGAGCACCUCCGGGCCGUUGAAGACCACGGCCGUGAACUCCAAGAGUUUCCUGCCGUGGUUGGAGAGUGGAGCCUCGCACUUGGCGGCCGCGCUGCCUCAGCGAUGUGUCCGAAAGAGGCCAUGAACCUUUUUGGCAGGGCGCAGCUUCAAGCUUACUCGAAGGCUUCUCGUGGCUGGUUCUUUUGGAACUGGCGUGAUGGAGCCGGCCCUGCUUGGGAUUUCCGCACUUGCUUUCAAGAAGGCCUUCUGGAAGGCACGGCGCCGAGCUUGCCUGCAUGGAACGGCCAGGGCGAGGAUCCCUUGGAAAGAUUGCUGGAGCCAGCUGCAGGCGAAGAUCCCUUUGUUCGUUAUGGCGAUGCCGUCUGCCUGCGCUGCUCAAGUGGCCGGUGUGUAGACGUCGAGAGGAGCAAGGUCUCGGCGAGAUGGUUCGAGGGUGGCGACUGGCAGACGUUUAUUGUGUGCCCGGCAUCAAGCUCUGCGGGUUUCAGCGGUGCAGUGCGAGAUGGAGACGUGAUUCGCCUUCUUGCGCACAGUGGCGUUUCUCUGGGUAUUUCGACGGGCGGCAAGGUGCUUUGCCGCCCUGGAGGCAGCAUCAACUGCGAGCUAACUGUUUUGCUGAAGGAAAACCCUGGGUGUCGGCGGCAGUUGCGGCACAAGGACGAGGUCCACCUCCAGUGCAGGAAUUCGGGACGCGUGUUGGACGUGGAGGGCUCUCGCGUAGCGGCCAGGUUUCAGGAUUUCGGGGAGUGGCAGAGCCUCUCAAUCGAGCGCAAACUUCCGCCAGAUGCCUGCUCGAAAGGACUGAACGAGGCCCCUGCGUCGGAGAAAGUUCUCGAGGAGGCGUGGUCUGCACUCGAUUGCACAAAGGUUGCUGGGCCGGACAAUUGGCAAGCACGCUCCGACCAUUGGAUCAUGGAGACAUGGCCUUUGCCCCUGCGCUUGCCUUCCCGCAUGGGUCGAGCUUCGCUUAUUGACUGCGCCGUGGCCGUAGCGGCAACUUCGCUGACAGCGGCCUUGGCGCAGCGACCGUCAGCAAAGAUGGAGCUCCGAGGAUGGGACCCUGGAGCCUGCCUCGCUUCGUUGUACAUCCUCAUCAUGUACUGCGUCCAGAGCGCGUUCCUGGAGUGGCCGGAGAAGGGCCUCCAACGGUCCAGUCGGGGUUUGGGCUGGGAAAGCUUUGCGGCCGUGCGAGAAGUUUCACUGCCUUUCCUGGGCAUUGUGCAAUCGAUGGAGAUUCUCUCCGACGACGAGGAUUCUCCUCCUGCGGAACCUGCUUCAUCUGCGCCCCUAGCAGCUGUGCCUCCGAUGGAGGCCUCUGCCUCUGCCGAGGUGUUGGACUCAGAUGACGAGCCGGCCUUGACGCCUGAGGCUGCGACGUUGCCAUCAACGAGUGGCCCAGGCUCGGAGAUGCCGGUGACCGAGGUGACACCUGCAGCUGGGUCGUCUGGUGCUCCAAAUCUUGCGGUGAGGCCUUUCGGGAUGAAGAUCAACAAGGGCAGCCUGGCCUGCUCCUCGAGGCCUCGCGAUUCGGAACCGGUGCCGCUUGCGUCGGCUGUCAGGGAGCCACCCCCGGAGGUGGCAGCGGUGCAGCCAGGCGCUGUGGAUCUGGCCGACUCCGACAAUGAUGUGCAGGAGAAGGGCGAAGCACAUCGCCAAGCGGAGGCACCCGAGCAGUCAGCAUCGGUAGACAAGGUGUUGGCAGAGGUCGCCUCACUGCGAGCCGCUCUUUACAAGUCAGAGGUGGCUUUGAAGGAGCUCGAGUCUAGCAAGCAGCAGCUAGCUGCAGAGGCGUCGUCGCUGCGCGAGGAGGUUGGCAGGCAGUUGGCAGAGUGCGCUUCACUGCGAGGCGCUCUUUGUCAGUCAGAGGUCGGCGAGUCCAGCAAGCAGCAGCUAGUUGCAGAGGCGCAGACGGAGGCGUCGUCCCUACGCGAGGAGGUUGGCAGGCAGUUGUCAGAGUGUGCUUCACUGCGAGCCGCUCUUUGCACGUCAGAGGUGGCUUUGAAGGAGCUCGAGUCUAGCAAGCAGCAGCUAGCUGCAGAGGGGAAGACGGAGGCGUCGUCUCUACGCGAGGAGGUUGGCAGACAGUUGGCAGAGUGCGCUUCACUGCAAGCCGCUCUUUGUCAGUCAGAGGUGUGCGAGUCUAGCAAGCAGCAGCUUGUUGCAGAGGUGCAGACAGAGGCGUCAUCCCUACGCGCGGAGGUUGACAGGCAGUUGUCAGAGUGUGCUUCACUGCGAGCCGCUCUUGGCACGUCAGAGGUGGCUUUGAAGGAGCUCGAGUCUAGCAAGCAGCAGCUAGCUGCAGAGGCGCAGACGGAGGCGUCGUCUCUACGCGAGGAGGUUGGCAGACAGUUGGCAGAGUGCGCUUCACUGCAAGCCGCUCUUUGUCAGUCAGAGGUGUGCGAGUCUAGCAAGCAGCAGCUUGUUGCGGAGGUGCAGACAGAGGCGUCAUCCCUACGCGCGGAGGUUGACAGGCAGUUGUCAGAGUGUGCUUCACUGCGAGCCGCUCUUGGCACGUCAGAGGUGGCUUUGAAGGAGCUCGAGUCUAGCAAGCAGCAGCUAGCUGCAGAGGCGCAGACGGAGGCGUCGUCCCUACGCGAGGGUGUUGACAGGCAGUUGUCAGAGUGUGCUUCACUGCGAGCCGCUCUUGGCACGUCAGAGGUGGCUUUGAAGGAGCUCGAGUCUAGCAAGCAGCAGCUAGCUGCAGAGGCGCAGACAGAGGCGUCGUCUCUACGCGAGGAGGUCGGCAGGCAGUUGGAAGAGUGUGCUGCCAUGCGAGCCGAGAUGUCUCAGUCAGAGGUGGCAAAGAAAGAGCAGCCCACGGCCCAGGCCGAGCAGGCCGACCUGGAGCUCCAGUCGAGCCUAAGACGCUCCGAGGUGCAGACAGCUGCUGUGAAGCUGGAGGAGCGCCCCUUGCUGGGCCGACGACGUUCGGCCAAAGACUACCAGAGACGAGCGGCACAGGUCUCUCUGCACCACAAACAUCGGGCAAAGCCUGCCGAGCUCAAGGAGCCGCGGCCAGCAAGUCCCCAGCAUCUGCAAGACGCGAAGUUCGAGGUGUUGUAUACGGAGCUGGAGUCCAGCAAGCAGCACCUGGCCAACCAAGGUGCAGAGGCACAGGCGGAGUCUUCAUCGCUGCGCGACGAGGUGAGCAGGCUGUUGGAAGAGUGCGCUGCUCUGCGCGCCGAGAUGUCUCAGUCAGAGGGCGCCAAAACUGAGCUGCGGAAGGUGUUGUAUACGGAGCUGGAGUCCAGCAAGCAGCACCUGGCCAACCAAGGUGCAGAGGCACAGGCGGAGUCUUCAUCGCUGCGCGACGAGGUGAGCAGGCUGCGGCUCGGCUGCAAGGAGACGGGGCACACCGACGUAGACUUGUUGGAAGAGUGCGCUGCUCUGCGCGCCGAGAUGUCUCAGUCAGAGGAUCCGGUAGUCGAAGGCAGGCGUGUUCUGAGCGCUCGUGUGGAGUAUGUGCUGGUGUAUGCAUACAGCAUCUACCAGUUUGAUCUGUUGGUUGUGAGUUGCGUGCGAAUGUCCAUUUCACAAUCGUUCAAAGCUGGGGAAGCGCACACGCGGCUGAUCAGUGAGAUCCUGGCUGUAGCUGAGGCAGCAUCGCACAGUCAUUGCCACUGUGCGGAGGAAGUGGAGAUGCAGACAGAGGCUCGGAAGAUUUUGCAUGUAUUUCUCUUUGAAGCGACAGCAUUUGCGAGUGCAAGCUGCGAAAGUUGCGCCAUCCGCAUGCGCACUCCGGUGCAUGACAAGCUAGACCAGAUUUCCGAAGCGUACUUGCAGGCAUUACAGGCUUCUGCCGAUGGAAAGAGGUUGCUUGACUUCUUCGUUUUUAUCAACAACUUCUGGUGGCUUUUCUUGUUCAGUUGGAGGUUCUGGCGCUUCUUGCUUGACUUCUUCUGUUUGGUUUGUUACUUCUUCUGA